AUGUCGUGUUUUAAAGAUAGGAGACACGAGACAUGCUUUCGCCGAGUCGUGAUUAUCCUAACAUACCCACAAUGAAAGUUCAUGACAAUACCGGGCGACUCUACAUCACGAAAAACAUUUAUUGCUACUAUUCCAAUCUCAUUGUCAUUUCUUCUGCAAUACUCUGUGUAUUACAAGUUUUCAUAGGUUAUGAACAUAUCAUUUACAAAGCAAUUCACGCCGCUCUACAUUCGUACGGUGAAAAAAAUAUGCAAUCUGGAAAACAUGAUAAUCUACAUAAAAAGAGCAAGUUUAUGUACCUACUCACCGCUACCAUAAAUAUAUGUGUUGUUCAUUGUAAUCAUGUUUUUGAAGACAUCGCGGGAGACAUCCUGAAAUAACACGUAUUUGCAGCAGAGAUGCGCCCGCGCCGCGGCGCUGCCGUCGCGCGCUUAUCCGACGCCAUUUUCACACAAUCGCCGAGCUUUCCCGCACACAGAUCACUAAGCAUCCCCCGCAGCGGCAGUGUUGCGAGACACGAGUCGUGUCGCAAGCGGUGGUGCCCUUGCACGUGCUAUCCACACAUUACGUGUCGCUCUACAACUACACAACAAUUUCGGCAGUAAUUUAAGGGGAGAUCAAGCGAUUCAAGAUCAGAUGACACUCCUCCAAAAACCUGAAGAAGCCAUGACUGAUACCACAAUGAAAGAAGAUCUCGGCAAAUCCUCGAGACCUGUCAGAAACAGACGAUACACUCGAAGGAGCUUAGUCGCGGGUCAACGUCCACAAAAGAGACUUUUCACACCAGAAAUCAAGAGAUACCUCAAAGACUGGCUGGUGCGACGAAGAGAUAACCCGUACCCCAACAGAGAGGAAAAAAAAUAUUUGUCUCGCGAAACUGGCCUUACGUACAUUCAAAUUUGCAAUUGGUUUGCCAACUGGCGAAGAAAGCUGAAAAAUGUUAACGUAGACCGAAACCAACAGACAUGGGGUCACUUGAUUCGAACGUACAAUGACCGCGCGCAAGGCAAUGUGGAACAGUUCAGCAUCUGCUCCGACGACAGUAUAUGGAGCGAGUCCGAUCCCACCAACCCAGAUGACAACUUAGACAACGACGGCGAACUCACAGGCAGCCCCGAAACAAUAGCUGAAUAUCACCACGAUGACUCCGACACAUCUUCAAUCAUGAAAGAGAAGUGCGUGAACAUCAACAAUAAUUCCUACAAAUCUGACGCAAAUGAGAAUAGCCGGGAGGAAACAAAAGCCAUCACAAGUCCGAUGUUGCUCAGUAAGUGGCUGGAGAGCGCGGCCAGAUUCCAGCCCAGUGAGUGUAACUACUCGUGGUGGGCAGAUGGAAAGCGAAGAAAGCCGGACAACAAAAUCCAAAGGAUUACAAUAAAUACACUGUCGCGUCAUGACCGGGACGAAGUGGAAGCUGCAGUAGCCCUGACUGCGCUAGCAACCGCCACCAGCCGCAUUGCAGCACCGUGACCACAGAGCUUAUAGAAGUGAAUUAAAGUUUAUUGAUAUUUUAUAAUGGAGAAUACUCUUUGUAAUAGGGUAACUGCCAGUAUGAUUAUUGUUUGUAUUUUAGUUAAGUUUAGCCAUCUACGUAAAUAAAAUUUACUAUUACGUAAUGCCAAUGAAAUCCGUGUUGCUCAAGUAUUAUUUAAAGUUAAGUUUCUCAUGGAAGCAAUCCUGCUUGUAUAGUCAUUAACUUUUGAUCUCUAUUGGACUAAGUAGUUAUAAGUUGUAACUCCAACCAAAGAUUGUGUUUCAAGAUUGAAAUAAAAUACAUUUUGUUAAUUA